ACAUCGUAAACCCGUCCAUUGUUGGUUAUAUGCUCUCGCAUGCUCAGAGCGAAAACCCCAAGCUGAGGAAUGUGGCUAAAAUAUUUUUGACAGACUUCUGUACCGAACACGACAUUCAAACGGCGAUCACGUCCAACACAUAGUGCCCAUCCGAAUAACUAAGUACUUACAUACCUAUAUAUUAUAUACUUAUAGUAUAUAGUCAAAUAUAACAAAUAUAUUUCAUAGUUAUCAUUAUUAUAUACAAAUACAACGCUCGUCAUGCUUACUCGGCUAAGUAGACGAUUUCAGUCCACCAGAGCGCUUACGGUGGGUGAUCGUGUAGUCAUAUCGAAAAGAGUCGAUAAAUCGGAUAUCAACGAGUUUGCUCGCCUGAGUGGUGACACUAAUCCCAUACAUUCCGGUGAUCGUCCGUUGGUGCACGGCAUUUAUUUGGCGGGUCUGGUAUCCGGGGUGAUUGGUACCAAGUUACCUGGUAACGGCACGAUUGUCGUGUCCAAGACCCUGAGGUUCACAAACGCGUGUUAUGCCGGCGACCUAGUAAAAAUCGAAGUUGAGAUACAGACCAUAAGAAAGCUUGUGAGGUGUGGAUUUUGGUGUAGGGUCGGGGACAAGGUAGUGAUGGAAGGCACUGCGGACGUUAUCAAUAAACGUCUUACUAAAAAUCAGACGCCUGAUAAUACAGUUUAAAAUAGAGAGUUAAAAAACAAAAACUUGUGUUAUAUUUUAAGCGUCCAAAUCCCCGGAUUGAUUAAUUUAGUCACUUUUUAACUGUUAACAUUUUAAAAUUAAGCGUGCAAAUUUAUAUUUUAUAGUUUAUCAAUAUAAUACUUACUAUUAUAUAAUGAAGAUGGUGUUAUUGUUCUAUAUUAAAUAUUCUAUAAUAUACAGUU